AUGUCUGAACCCCAAUGGUCAUCUCUGUUAUUCGGUCCGGACACUUGUGAUAUCUGUGGGAGUCAUGGGGCUCUCCCCGACUUUGCCUUCCAGAAACGACUGUGUGAAGUCUGUUGGGGAACCCAUGUGGUGCACCGACGCGAUAUGGUCCACAUCAUAUCAGAAAACCCCCAAAACGAUCUUGCUGUUGUCUGGGAACUGGUUCCGAGGACAUUUCGGCGAGGCAGCGCGAGCUAUCUCCUUAGCGGCCUGGGUGGAACCGGCUAUGUACGGUAUUUGAAAAAGGACGUCGAGGCAAUGGUUGACAGGGUAAAGGAAUUCCUGGGCGACAUUGCUGCGGAGGCACCAAAUGCUGGCGAAAAAUAUCGAGUCUUCUUAUCCGAGGUUACAGCCAAACUUGACGAGAACGAGGCUAAUGCUUCAGGAGCCAACAGAUGGGCACAAACCAUUUAUAGUGAUUUAACUUUUGAAAGGGAACGUUUGAAAGGGGAGAUGGCUAAAAGGUGCAUGACUCGACUUUCGAACAUAGGACAUGACCCACGUGAUACAACUGCUGCUCAAUACAUUGCUCUUACAACGUUGUACAAAUAUAGCGUCACACGGCUCACACGGAAGGUGUACCGGAAGAUAAAGCCCAACCUUGAAAGAGCAGUGAAUAUGAAAAGAAGGAAGAGACUGGUUCUGGAACGUAAAAAAGUGGUCGAGCUACGUUAUACGGAGUAUACCAAGACGUUGAAGCCAGAACAGUGGACAUCCAUCAUGCCUCUGCCUGAAGUUUACAAACUCUUCGAUGAUUUCAUUUCUUCGAAAGAUGAUGUUAUUGGAGAGAUUUCAAAGAAAGACGCAUUGGCUCGUUUUCCUCGGCUCACUCUACAAUUCAUGGACUCCGAAGUAAACCGUCUGGCUUCCUUGCUGCCAAAAGGUACCGAUCACUCCGUCGCUUCCAUGGACUGUUACGCCCGCCUAAAUUUGGCAACAUCUGUUUUCGGAUGCAGGAUAUGUCAGUUUGGCCAUAUCUCCGGCGUGGCACUUUGUGGAUGGACGGAUAUUUGCUCGCACAUGAACCAGAAAUCUCGAGAACCUUUCUUUCCCCGUCUUCCUUUUCCCCAUCUGAAACUCGACUUCAACUCGGUCGGUUAUGCCACUUCAACCUCGCUCAUACGCUCUUUGGGGCUCGACCCUGGGACAACGACGACAGAACAGCUUGACUUGAUUGACGCCCGCUUUUUUUGUGGAACCUGCCCCAUCUUGUCUAUCCGAGGUGUCCGAGGACGAAAGGCAUAUACAUGGACAGAAUGUAUUACGCAUGCACGGAGACAUGACGUCUCUUCUUGGCAGCUUCUCACGCCGGAAGCGACGCGAUUCGUGAAAGAGCAAGAAUCCCUUCACCCUUCCCCUGUGUCGCCGGCCUGGGGAUGCAACCAUUGCUCGGAACAUUUUGAACAGAGUGUUUCGCUUCCGUCUGCAAAGGUUCAUGUCAAUGAAAGUCAUGGCAUUGAGAAGCCAGUCGUUGGCAAAGAUGUCAUCGCGUACAAGCACCGGUUCAACUUUGCACGGGGCUAUAGUUCUCGCAAACCCUUUCACUAUUCACUGGAACCCCCUUGCCAGCUCAUGUGCAAAAUGUGCCCGAGGCGACCUAUUUACCAGCUAUGGUCGAUGGACUGCUUGAUACCACAUCUAUGUCGGAAGCACCACAUAGCUGAGCCCCUUCAACACGAUCACUGGGAAAAAGUUGAGAUUGUCGCACAACAUUGA